AUGUCGGACGACGAACCGCUCGACGCGGACGCGCGCACGGCGUGGCUUCGCUCGAAGGGCGUCGUCAUCGAAACGCGCGAGGACCGCGAAGCCGCGCGCGCGGCGGCGCGGCGCGGCGACGGCGCGGCGAUCGAGCGCGACGGGCCGACGCGGAGUUUUACGUACGUGAAGAUCCCGUGCGACGACGACGAGGCGCUCGAGGAGCGGACGCUGACGAUCGGGGAGGGGCAACCCGGGGACGCGCUGCCGGCGGCGCUGCGGACGGCGUUCGCGGGCGGCGGCGAGGUGGACGCGGAGAAAGCGAAAGCGGAGGCGGUGCGAGCGCUCGGUGCGCGAGGGAUGGGGAUAUCGAGCGAGGCGAUCGCGCGGGAGACCGCGGGUGGGUCGACGGAGACGUUCGCGUUGGUGCGGCCGAGCGAGGCGAACGGGUGGCGCGGCGUGUACCUGUACCUGGACGAGGUCGGAAUGUUGAAGGGAUUGCCGAUCAAUCGAAGAGCGGGACGAUUGGCGCAGGAGUGCGGAUUCGAUGGGGUGAACUUCCACGGCGAUAUGUUCAUCGGUCGCGUGCAAACGAAGCCCGAGCCCAUGCGAAGCGUUGAUUUUCCUUUGAGCGAUUUGGACUCGAGCGCGCAGUGGAUGCGCAUGGCGACGAUGGAAAACGUUGAAUAUAGCAAAGGAUUGAAAGAGUUAGAGGCGGCGAUGGGUAAAAACGGUGGAUUGGAGAAGAUUAACAUGACUGGCGACGCGUCCGACGUGGCGUCGACCGGAAACGGCAUGCCGAGCGGUAAGGGAGUAAACUACCGCUGGUCGCAAACCGAAGACGAAGUCGAAGUCUCCGUCGACGUCGCCCCGGGCACGGUUUCUAAAUCCGUCCGCGUCCUAUUCAAACCCUCUCAAUUCAUCGUCAAAGUUAACGACGAGGUGGUGUGCGACUUGAGCGGUCUUCACGCCCCGAUUCGUCCCGACGAGUGCACGUGGACGAUGGGCGUCGACGAGGUCUGCGUCUCGCUCGCCAAGCGCGACGACGAGCGUUCCUGGCGCGCCCUCGUCGGCGCGUGA